GAAGACUUCGGUCAGCUGCGAGAUCUGCCUUCGUUCGUGAACAGUUCCUUCAAGAGUGGUGAAUCAGAAUGAGGAAUAUGUACGGACUGCUACUCCUCAUGGGAGUAGCCACCAUCGCUUUCGGUGACCUCGUGCGGAAGUCGAUCGUCUUCGAUCAAGACACACCGAAAGUCUUCUACUGUCCCCAGGAAAAGCCACGAAAACUCGAUAAGCUCGUGGUCAAGGCCAGACCGAUAGAGAAGCUGUGCGAGUUCCAUGGGAAACCUCUGCCGAAACUAUACGAGAGCGAUUGCUACAACGACGUUGACGAGAGCGAAUACGCCUGUCAGGAGAAGAAGCGCAUCAUGAAACGCAUCAAAAAACUCGAAGAGGCAAAAGCUGAGGCGGAAGCUCCCCCGACUCACAGGCAAUCGAAGAACAAGAAGGUCAAAGGGAAGAAAGUCAAGCAUCACAGGGGUUAUUAGAGAGAAGACGCGUCCGCCAAGAUGGGCGAAUCUCUUGAGAAUAGUGUCCAAAACUGAAGCUUGCCAAAACCAUCGAAUGUAAUCAUCAUGAGCAGCACAUAGGUUUGGGAAACUGCCAUUAUGAUUAUGAGAGUUCAUCAU